GGUUUUAUUUUCAAUAUCAGUACCGUUUUCUUAACACAAUGACAAAGUUUUACAGCGUUUUACCCUUUCUUUUCAUUUGUGGCACAAUUUUGUCUUCAACAGAAGCAACAGUGCUUACAAAGCAACCCAAUGGAGCACGGAUAAUCGGUGGUCAGCCUGCAUUUGCAGGUCAGUUCGCUUUUGCUGCAGCCAUUUACGUCCAAACCAGCGACAGCCAAUUUUUUUGUGGUGGGACUCUAACAGCUAAUCAGUGGGUUCUUACUUCUGGCCAUUGCGUCUACAACUCUGUUCUUUUCACAAUUCAACUGGGAUCGAACGAUUUAGAGUCAGAUGACCCCAACCGUGUGACUGUUUCCAGUUCUACAUAUAUUCUACAUCCUGAUUUUAACCCGGAUACCAUAGAACAUGAUCUUGGUUUGAUUAAAUUACGAAUGGAGGUUACGUACACGAUUUAUAUACAUCCAAUUCAUCCAAUGGAGAGAGAGUUGUGGGAUGAUGCCCGCGUGUAUAUUCCAGGUUGGGGACAAACUAGCGAUUUUGAUUCUGCACUUACUAACGAGCUAAGAUAUGUAUACAUUUCGACUAUUACAAAUGAGGAAUGUCGAAUUACAUAUGGAAAUCAGAUUACUGACAAUAUGAUUUGUGCUAUUGGAAAUUAUAACGAAGGAACAUGUCAUGGAGACAACGGUGGAGCACUGGCUGUACAAAAUGGGAGAACCUACGCUCUUGUGGGUGUUGGAAGUUUUGUUAGUUCCGAUGGUUGCGAAAGUACUCAUCCUUCUGGGUUUACUAGAACGGCACCGUAUUAUCACUGGAUUGUAAAUAUCACUCAUGAAACUGAUUAAAUUGUUUGUAUUCUUAUUAUAAACUUACAUAAUAAAAGCUUGAAACAUA